AUGGCGUCUCUCCUGCUGCGCCCCCCCCUCUCAGCGGCCCUCUGCCUGCUAUUGCUCGCCACCCUGCUGCCCAGCUGUGAGGCCCGGCGGGGGGGUGGAGGUUUUGGAGGUGGGUUCGGCCGAGGUGGAGGUGGAAGCCGGAGCUGGGGCCGUGGGGGGGGCCAGGCCUACAGACCGGUGCAGAGCAGCGGCCCCAGUGCAGGGAAAAUAGCAGGGGCCGCUGCAGCGGGGGCCAUCGGGGGGGCCAUGAUCGGGUCUGCCCUCAGCCGCCCUGGGUAUGGAGGAGGGUAUGGAGGAGGAUAUGGUGGAGGGUAUGGAGGGGGGUAUGGAGGGGGGUAUGGUAACACAAGAUACGGUGGGGGCGGCUAUGGCCGCCGGCCCGGCUAUGACUCGGAGGGCUCUGGAGACAUGGAGUACUACGCCGGGGCCUCCAGCGGCCCCAUCUACAACAGCAUCAUCGUUGUGAUUGGCUCCCUGAUGUCCCUGCUGCUAGGACACUGGGCAGCCGGCAUAUAG